CCAUUUUGAAAACCCAGAAGGCAACUGUCGACGUCACAAUGACCCCCACCACAUCCUCCACGCGCUGCUGCCGCUAAGAUGUCUUGGAUGUAUUUGAAUGGCAAAACAAAAGCGAAACAAUGUGAACAUACCGGAGUUAUCCAGCUGCUGACAUUUUAUCUACUUGUGUGUGUGUGACAUCCGCGGUGUGUCAGAGUCAAAGGGACGCUGUUGUAUAGAGGAAUUGACGUCAAGCCUGAUUUUCUGUCCCCAACAUCAUCACCAGUUCACUGCACUCCUGAGGAGCUCGCUGCUCUCCUGAGGCAUUUCCUUCUCUCCGCUCGCUCUCCAUCUCUGCUCCCAGGUAACCUGUGGGCAUUACUCGGCAUGCUCUGAGCUUCAGGACAGACAGACUGAUUCAGGCGCUUUACACACAAUCCACAAUUAGAGCCUCUGUAGGAAAAGAUUAGCAUCUGCCAGGCAGUGAAGAAGCCAUGCUUAUCUGGUUCCCUCAUGGCCGGGCCACUAUGACCAUCACCCUUCUUCAGUCCCAGCUUAUGUUUGUUCUUGCCCUGACUGUGCUUCUUUGCCCCUUGGGCCGAGUAGCAUGUCAGGGGGAAGCUCAGAGACAGUCCCCUGCCCAGGUGCUCCAGGACCUGCUGUCCCGCUAUGGAGACAACAGCACCAUCACAGUGCCCCAGCUGCGCUCUCUGCUGGGCCUCCUCAGCCAGAGUCAGGGUGAAGGGGACAGCGACAGCAGCAAUGUGGCGGAGACACCUCCAACAAUACCACCUCCCAAAUCUAACCGCUCCAAGUGCUUGCCUGCAGACACACUGGCAAUUUACAGCAUCAGCGAGCAGUCCCGACUGGAUGGGCAGGGCUUACGGGAGCUGUGCCCCACCAUGCUGCAGCAGCUGGAUGCUGGCACCUGUAAGGCGCAAAAAGAGGAAGAGUCAAGCAUUGACCCCUCCCCCAGGCCCUCAGAUGCUGAAGUGUGGGGCUUUGCUUUCCUGAGCGUGACAGUGAUCAGUGCCUUCUCCCUCACCGGAGUCUUCAUCAUUCCCUUUAUGAAGACACGCUAUAUGAAAUACUUACUCAUCUUUUUCAUCGCUCUUGCCAUUGGCACGCUGUACUCCACUGCCGUCCUGCAGCUCCUGCCAGAGGCCUUUGGUUUUGACCCCAUGGUGGAUUUCUACGUGUCCAAAUCUGCGGUGGUGUUCGCAGGCUUUUACCUCUUCUUCUUCACUGAAAAGGUCCUCAGAGUGCUUCUCAAACAGAAAAAUGGGGGCCACGGCCACAGUCAUUACCCCGGUACAGAUGUGGAGGAGGGUGAGAAGGAGAAGCUACAGCAGAACGGAGAAGCCAGCAGCCUGGCUCUGGGCAAGGUGGACCCUGGGGAGGGCGAGCUCAUUCUCAGUUCUGCACAGACGCCACAGGAGACCCAGAGCCCAGACAGCGGGGGCCGGUCCGGCACCAGACGCGGUGGCUGCUAUUGGCUGAAGGGGACGGCAUACUCUGACAUCGGCACGCUGGCCUGGAUGAUCACAUUGAGUGAUGGCCUGCACAACUUUAUCGACGGCUUGGCCAUCGGCGCCUCCUUUACUGCCUCGGUCUUCCAGGGUGUCAGCACCUCCGUGGCCAUCCUGUGUGAGGAGUUCCCACACGAGCUAGGAGACUUUGUCAUCCUGCUGAACGCUGGCAUGAGCAUACAGCAGGCUCUGUUCUUUAACUUCCUGUCGGCAUGUUGCUGUUACCUGGGCAUGGGCUUUGGCAUCCUGGCUGGCAACAGCUUCUCCCCCAACUGGAUCUUUGCCCUGGCAGGGGGAAUGUUUCUCUACAUUGCUCUGGCAGACAUGUUUCCAGAGAUGAAUGAGGUGAGUCGUGAGGAAGAGGACGCAGGUGGCAGCAGCUUCCUCCUCACCUUUGCUAUCCAGAACGCCGGCUUGCUGACGGGCUUCGCCAUCAUGCUCCUCCUCACCAUGUACUCUGGACAGAUACAGCUGGGCUAGCGCUGGACGCCUCUGGAACCAACAUCAGCUCUGACUAGUGAAAUGAAACUGAGCUGGUUUGUGAUGGUGUAAACUGCAAGCCCAAAGAGGAGGGAACUUUUUUCUCUCUUUAUCUUUCUCCCAUUCCCUGUUUUUAAGACCCUUGGGAUUUCUGUAGUUUGGCUGCUGUGCGGCAGGUACACCGGCUCCUUUUUCCCGCAAAAAAAUAGUAGCCGUUUAUUCAGAGUUCCUACAUCCAGUAAAUCCUAGACAAAAGUGGGUGGAGGCCUUCUUUUUCAUGUUUUAGCCACCUUUUUUCUGAUCGCUGCUCCCUCUUAACAGUCUAGAAAUAUCAGCCAAAGCGGUGAUCAGCCUGCAGAGACGAGACUUCCGAGCUGACGUGCAAUACUCAAACUUUUGUCUAUUUCCCAGACUACUGAUCAGCCAUUUUGGCUCCUGCUCUUCUUUUUUCUCCCUAUCAAUCUUCCCUCAGUGGAUGUAAUUUUGAGCCUCAAUUGUUGCAUUCAAUAUAUGCAGAGUAUUUAGAUCACUAAUCACCUGUGCUCACAACCAGGUAAUUGCAGCUGUAUUAUUGACAUCCGUUAUCGUUCUGUUACAGACUUAAACCCCCGUCCUCUUCCCUUUUUUUAUUACUUACCAAAAACAAAUCAUUAUGGACUUGAGCUGGAAUUUUAAUCAAGUGUCAACAUCAAACUGACUUCCAGCUGUACUUUGUUUAUUGAUGUCAUAUUUUUUAUAUAUAUGAUAAACAUAAAAUCGGACUUUGAAGACCAAAAAAUGGGCAGACCAUUGAAAAUGUUGAAGGGCUACACAGUGACGUGUGGAAGGGCACUCUUUAUGUCUCCUCAGUACGGACUUGUAUACAUCCUUGGCAUGCAGUUAGAAAUCUCAAGUUAAGCCUGGGUCAGAUAUGUAAAGCAAAAUAAGGUCAAGAGUUGGAUAUUAGUGGCUUCAGAUCAGACGCAAUCUCAGCACGCUCAGUGUCCACGACAGCGUUAGUCCAUAUAGUUUGCCAUCUGUGCUCUUCAUUAAUAUAGCAUUGAAUAGUUUUUAUUCCUUGCAUUCUUGAACUCUAAGUGCAAAUCUCUGGCCUUCACACAUCCCACAAACUAUUUUUCCCAGAAUUAUCUAUUCUUUUAUUGUACAAUAAUAGUUUGUAACAGAAUACUGUAAGCUCCAUCACAUAUACAUGCACAUCUCGCCUACUUUUCUGUGACCUAAUCCAUAUUAAAUUACAUAAUAAUGAGAGGUUAAACUAAGUCAUAAACUGUAUCUAGUUAGGUUGUUAUGACAAACACUCUGUUUCGCUGAGUUACACUGUGGCCAAAAGUAUGGGAAACUGCGUAUUUGUGUGCACUUUUGGUAUGGAGUAGUUUUUCAUAGUUUGUGAUAGCCCUAGUUUGGUACUCUCAAAUAAGUCACAGAGCUACUGUAAGCAUCCAUUUUUCUGAAAAAAUAAAUACCUGGUGAUCUUUGAAAGACCCACAAUAUAAUUAAAUAACAAUAAUUGCAGUUUUGAAGAUUCUUAUUGAAUCCUUAAAGACUACGUGAAAAAAACUAUUCUGUCUGCUGCAAGAUUUUAAAAAAAUUAAAACAAUAGUUUACCAAGUUGCAUCACAAGCUCGGGCUGAGUUCGGGUUACACUUCUUAGUUAAAAUAAUGAGUAAUCAUCAGAACUGCAACUAUUAGUCAAUCAACAACAAAUAAUUGCUAAGGAUAAAGCAGCCAUUCACACCAUAGCCACAUCAUUCAUUCUGUUGCUGUUAAGACUACAAAGUACUCAGUGGACAAUAUUUAAUGUGUUGUACUGUUGUAUUCAGAGUCUAGAAGUGCACCAGUUUUUCCUCUGUUCCAAAUUCAAUACCGAGUAAGUGAUCAAAUCUUAAAACAAACAUACUUUUCUGUAGAUUUGAUAUUAGCAUAGAAUAGAGCUGUAGAUUAUUAUUGGAUAGAAACUUGAAGCUGUGAUUUGCUGUCACAUUGUCUAGACCUGUAGGUAAGGUCUUUACAAUUUAGAUUUUCCGUUAUUCCUGGAUGGGGGACCAUGAAGUACAGUAUUACUACUGCUCCAUAUGUGAUAAGUAAGGGGCAUUUUGUGUUGUUGUUUGAGCCAUAUAUUUAUUUUAUGCUUUACAUCAAAUAUGAAGUAAACAGUUUCGGGUUUACACCACAAGCCAUGAAAGCAGACAAAAAAUGAUACGUCUUUUUGUUUGUUGUUUAUCUUUGUUUUAGUAUUUUAGUUUAAAGAGUUUAAGUUCAUUGCUUUAAAAAUAUUAACUAUAUGUUAAAAACUAAAAUUGGAGCAUAUGCGCACAUAGAAACAAACGUUUUCCGGUCAAUUAUGAUAAUCUAAACCUCACAAUUUUGAUGGCGGACACAAACUGAUUUUCCAUCAAAUUAUGAAUUUAGGAGCACAGGUAAUACAUCAGAAGUUUCUCUUUUUCAGCAUCAAAUACACCAACGUUUCCCUUUCUUGAGAUUUUGAUAAUUCAUCGAUGGACUUUCAGACUGUUUUAAUGAAAAUAUUGUACCUGAUGUGAUUUAUUGGACUCCUCAUCAGCCUUCUCUGUGUGUCAUGGUAAUCUUCUUUUAUAAACAUCUUUUUCCAAGAAA